GAGCUCGCUCUCCUCACCCCGCGCUCUCCCCGCCUCCCCUCCCUCCCCUCCCUGCUCUUCUCUUCCCGUUGAGGUGGCGGCCGGCCUCUCCUCCUCCUCAGCUCCGUUUUUCCUCUCCUCGCUUUUUCCCUUUCCCCCCGACCCCCGGGGCCCAGAGCGGCCGGACUUCUCGCUCCCUUCUCUACGGCGGCCUCCGAGCCCCCGCGUGCGCUCCUUUCCCCGCCAUGAAUGAGGAAUACGACGUGAUCGUGCUGGGCACCGGCCUGACGGAAUGUAUCCUGUCGGGGAUAAUGUCAGUGAAUGGGAAGAAGGUUCUUCAUAUGGAUCAGAACCCAUACUAUGGAGGAGAAAGUGCGUCUAUAACACCGCUGGAAGAUUUAUACAAAAGGUUUAAAUUACCAGGACAACCGCCAGCAUCAAUGGGAAGAGGAAGAGACUGGAAUGUUGACUUAAUUCCCAAGUUCCUUAUGGCCAAUGGUCAGUUGGUGAAGAUGCUGCUUUUCACAGAGGUCACUCGUUACAUGGACUUCAAAGUGAUUGAGGGAAGCUUUGUCUACAAGGGAGGGAAAAUCUACAAGGUUCCUUCCACUGAAGCAGAAGCCCUGGCAUCUAGCUUAAUGGGACUGUUUGAGAAACGCCGUUUCAGGAAGUUCCUGGUUUAUGUUGCCAACUUUGAUGAAAAAGAUCCUAGAACUUUCGAGGGUGUUGAUCCUAAGAAGACCUCCAUGAGAGAUGUGUAUAAGAAGUUUGAUUUGGGCCAAGAUGUUAUAGACUUUACUGGCCAUUCUCUUGCACUGUACAGAACAGAUGACUACUUAGAUCAGCCGUGUUGUGAAACCAUUAAUAGAAUUAAACUUUACAGCGAGUCUUUGGCAAGAUACGGUAAAAGCCCGUACCUGUAUCCGCUUUAUGGUCUUGGAGAAUUGCCGCAAGGAUUUGCAAGGUUAAGUGCCAUAUAUGGAGGUACCUACAUGUUGAAUAAACCAAUUGAAGAAAUCAUUGUGCAAAAUGGAAAAGUGGUUGGUGUAAAAUCCGAAGGAGAGAUUGCUCGCUGUAAACAGCUCAUCUGUGAUCCCAGCUAUGUAAAAGAUCGGGUUGAAAAAGUGGGCCAGGUAAUCAGAGUGAUCUGUAUCCUUAGCCACCCUAUCAAGAACACCAACGAUGCCAACUCCUGCCAGAUCAUCAUUCCACAGAACCAAGUCAACCGCAAGUCAGAUAUCUAUGUUUGCAUGAUCUCCUUUGCACAUAAUGUGGCAGCACAGGGCAAGUAUAUUGCCAUUGUAAGUACAACCGUGGAGACCAAGGAACCAGAGAAAGAAAUCAGACCGGCUUUGGAGCUCUUGGAACCAAUUGAACAGAAAUUUGUCAGCAUCAGUGACCUCUUUGUACCUAAAGAUUUGGGAACAGAUAGUCAGAUCUUCAUUUCCCGUGCCUAUGAUGCUACCACGCACUUUGAGACAACCUGUGAUGACAUUAAAGAUAUCUACAAGAGGAUGACAGGAUCUGAGUUUGACUUUGAGGAAAUGAAGCGCAAGAAGAAUGACAUUUAUGGAGAAGACUAACAGCAGUACAUAUUAUGUAAUAAUUAGGACAAACUUAAAAUUUGGCAAAUAAUGUAUAUUGUAUGAAAUCAAUACUGUAAGCCCUGCUUUUAUGAUCAAAAUGGAGAUUGAAGAGUGCUAUACCAGUGAAUGCUCCUUCACUUUCUAAUAUCAUGUAUUAACUUGUUUUCAUGGAAUGGCUAGUCAGAAUUGGUUGGUUCUGUUCAGUUUAACCAGACUGCAUUUUGUUCUAAAACAAAUAUUGAUAUCGAUAGAGAACUUGUAUCAUUUAAUCAGUGUAGCCUUUGCGAUUGUGUGAUCCAAGAGCUGGAUCCAUACAAUUUGUGCCACCCUGAAAUUGGGACUCUAAAUUGAGUAUCCUUUGGUUUCUGAAGACGUUCAACGUUUUCUCUAUUUUGUUAUGUCAAGUAUCACAGCAGGGCCAAUAGAAGAGAGCCACAUGUUUUGUUUAUGAGGGUAGCCAAACUUCAGACCUACAACAGUUGCUGAGAAAAGGAAAGGAGCCUUAAGGUAAAGCAGGUAAAAUACAGGAGCCCCUUUUAUCCCAGACACGGCUCCUCCCCCGGACCAAGCUGCAAUGCAGUAUUAAUCUGACAGAGCCUCAAUGUCAACGAUGCCUGUUCCAAAAUGGCUCCAGAUGAUUUCUGUACUGCAAAAUAAAGCCAAACUCUGGAAACCACUCUUGGUAUUGAGUGUCUGUGUCCUGGACUAAAAGAACUGCUGUGCGCUAAGAUUUUGGAUGGGUGUCAUUUCCUGGCUUCAGUUUAGUAGUCAGUGAUCUUCAAAUACCAGACAAGAAGCAACCUGUGUUUGUUUCAUGGUUUGAGUGUACAAUUCUUUCUUAAAGGUAUCCUGGUGAUGGCCUAAAUGUUGCACACAGACUACAAAUGACUGCAUUUUCAAUUCUUUAUUUAAAAAAAAAAAAAAAAGACAACACAAAACAACAAAAAAAACCAAACUAGAAACUAGGUAUAAAAGCCUAAGUAUACAAAUGGUUUUUUUCUUGUUUGUAUUUUAAAGAUUUAAGAAGUUUCUAAUAUCAUAAAUAAAGGAUUUCUUCCUCAAUUGACUUUUGUAGUGCAGCAUUAAAAAACCCAAGUGUAAAAAUUUGUCAUUUAC